UGCAUGGCUUGGCGGGUGAGCGUGCCUGAGCUGCAGGACCAGCUGCGGUGUCCCAUUUGCUUGGAGGUCUUCAGAGAGCCCCUGAUGCUACAGUGCGGCCACUCCUACUGCAAGGACUGCCUGUUCUCCCUGUCCUGCCACCUGGACUCGGACCUGCGCUGCCCGGUGUGUCGCCAGGCGGUAGACGGCAGCAGCUCCCCUCCUAACGUCUCCCUGGCUCGGGUGAUCGAUGCCCUUCGGCUCCCGGACGACACAGAGCCCACCGUCUGCGUGCACCACCGAAACCCUCUCAGCCUUUUCUGCGAGAAAGACCAGGAGCUCAUCUGCGGUCUGUGUGGCUUGCUGGGCUCCCACCAAAACCACCAAGUCACACCGGUCUCCACGGUCUACAGUCGCAUGAAGGAGGAGCUUGCAGCCCGCAUCUCUGACCUGAAGCAGGAACAGAGGAAGGUGGAGGAGCAUAUUGCUAAACUGGUGAACAACAGGACCCGGAUCCUUAAUGAGUCUGAUGUCUUCAGCUGGGUGAUCCGUCGUGAGUUCCAGGACCUACACCACUUGGUGGAUGAGGAGAAGGCCCGCUGCCUAGAGGGGGUUGAGGGGCACACUCGUGGCCUGGUGGCCUCCCUGGACAUGCAGCUGGAGCAGGCUCAGGGCACUCAGGAGCGGCUGGCCCAGGCUGAGCAGGUGCUGGAGCAGUUUGGCACUGAGAGUCACCAUGAUUUCAUCCAGAAGUUCCACUCUAUGGCCUCCAGGACAGAGCUCCAGCAGGCCCGGCCCUUGGAAGGCAUGUUCAGCCCCAUCUCAUUUAAGCCAGGCCUGCACCAGGCUGACAUCAAGAUGACUGUGUGGAAGAGGCUCUUCCGGAAAGUUCUGCCAGCUCCAGAAUCUCUCAAGCUGGACCCAGCCACUGCCCAUCCACUCUUGGAGCUCUCUAAAGGCAACACAGUGGUGCAGUGUGGUCUCCUGGCCCAGAGACGUGCCAGCCAACCAGAACGCUUUGACUACAGCACCUGUGUUCUGGCCAGUCGUGGCUUCUCUUGGGGUCGUCACUACUGGGAGGUGGUAGUGGGCAGCAAGAGCGACUGGCGCCUGGGAGUCAUCAAGGGCACAGCCAACCGCAAGGGCAAACUAAACAAGUCUCCAGAGCAUGGUGUGUGGCUGAUUGGCCUGAAGGAGGGCCGGGUGUAUGAGGCUUUUGGCUGCCAGCGGGUACCACUGCCUGUGUCUAGUCACCCCCACAGAAUUGGUGUCUACUUACACUAUGAACAGGGAGAGCUCACUUUCUUUGAUGCUGACCGCCCUGAUGACCUGCGGCCACUCUACACCUUCCAGGCUGAAUUUCAAGGCAAGCUCUACCCCAUCCUGGACACAUGCUGGCACGAGAGGAGCAGCAACUCACUGCCCAUGGUACUGCCCCCACCCAGUGGGCCUGGCCACCUCACACCUUCACAGCCCCUCAAGCUGUAG